GGCCUAAGAUAGUAGUACUACUGCCCAUUUGCUUGCAUUUUGGCUGCUCUGCUCUUUUUUUUUUUUGAGUGUUGCUUAUGCUCUGUUUUUGCUCUUGUUUCUCAAGAGGUCAUUUCUCUGUUUCUCAUAAACAACAUCAGAUUCUCUCUGGGUUCUCGGAAAACCGAGUGAUUGCUAUCAUCUUAUAGAAAUGUAUGCAGAUAGUGGACUUCUGUUUCCCUAUUUACAGAAUUUCUCUCCUGAUAUUCAGCAACUUGAAGAGUAUUACAACUACCAAAAGACCAAUGCUUUAAUGAGCAACAUGAUUCCAACCUCUACUAUAUCAGAAUAUGACCUGGGAGGAGAAGGGGAUCUAUUCAAGGCUCCAGAACCUAUCAUUGAAGAGCCACUUAUUGGCCUUGAUCCCAUGACAGCAGCCAUUUCAAUGAUCUCAUGCGGGGAAGAAGUCAUCUCCUCACAAGGACUGAAGGCGGCAGAUAUUGAAUCAAUCCAAACUGAGCCACUUCUGAGUGAGGUUUUCUAUGAGUGCAAGAAGGACCUUAUGGAAAAAGCAAACAUAGAAAUACCAGUUUCAGAGAUUCUGGACAUUAAGAUUCCUGUGGUGAGGACUGUUGAAAACCAGAUUCAAGGGAACAAUUACUUUUCUGAUGCACAAUUACCAAAAAGUGUCAGCUCAGGAUGCUUGAGCUCCUUGGAGUGGGUGCAUGGGGCUGCAGUGAAGCCGAAUUUUCUGGAAUUUUCAGGAAUGGAUCUUGGAGCUGCUUAUGGGAUGAGAAGAGCAUACAGCGAGGGAGAUAUAAAGACUCUUGGGAAUGAAAAUAUGAGCCUCAUCCAAUCUUCCCUUGACCGGCCAUUAAUUAUCAGCAGCUGCAUUGCCGAAGGUCGUAUGGAAAAGCUUUCGAGGUACAGGAAUAAGAAGACAAAGAGGAAUUUUGGCAGGAAAAUUAAGUAUGCUUGCAGGAAGGCUCUUGCAGACAGUCAACCAAGGGUCCGAGGAAGGUUUGCCAAGACUGAAGAUUCUGAUGUUUACAGGAGGCAAUGACUUUAAAGUAAUGCAGGAAUAACGGAACAGAAUGAAGUAGUUUAGUGCGAUGCAGUAAUGAAAGAAAUCAAUAGCAGCAUAAGUCCGAAGAGUACAUUUGAUGGAAGCUAAACAAGUGUUGUUAAAUAAUCCAGAACCCUCCCCAACUCUUGCACAGUAGAUGAUCUCUUAUUUGCUAUAAUAACCUCCUAAGUAGACGAAACUGGCUGACGUACAGUUGUACAUAGGGUUAUGUUGAAUAAGAAGAGGUAGCAGAAAGCACAAAAAUUGUACUUGUUCAUAUGUAUGUUGUGAAAUGGCUUUUGGUUGCAGUCUCUCUAGUGAUUCUCCUACCAUUUCUGAUCAUGUCACCGUAAUAUGCUGAAAAGAAAAUAAUGAUAUGUUGUUGCC